GCUCCGCGGCCAUGGCGGCGCCCACGGCGGCUGCUCUGCGCGGCGGCAAGAUCCAGUAACACCUUUUUUCCUACUUGGAGAAGUUGCUAAGGUUUCUCUUGAUUCGAGGACACUGCUGGAAGAAACCUCAGUGGGCAAACAUGGGCUGCCGGGAUGUUCAUGCGGCGACCGUACUGGCCUUCCUCAGCGGGACAGCCUCAGUAGCUGGGCUCCUUGCAGCAGUCCUGCUUCCAAACUGGAGGCAAAUGAGACUGUACACAUACAACAAGAAUGAAAGGAAUGUGACCGUUUACACUGGACUCUGGAUUAAGUGUGCGCGCUUUGAUGGGAGCAGAGACUGUGUGAUCUAUGACCCACAGUGGUACACGGCUGUCGAUCAGCUGGAUUUGCGUGUUCUUCAGUUUGCCCUUCCUCUGAGUAUGUUUACUGCUGUCUCAGCUCUGUUCCUCUGCAUGAUUGGCAUGUGUAACACAGCCUUUGUAUCCAGCGUGCCCAACGUCAAACUGGCCAAGUGCCUGGUAAACAGUGCAGGCUGCCAUCUCGUGGCUGGCCUCUUGUUCCUGCUUGCCUGUGCCAUUUGUCUCACUCCGUCCAUCUGGGUCAUUUUUUAUAACAAUUACCUGAACAGAAAAUACGAGCCCAUCUUCAGCUUUGACAUCUCUGUAUUUAUUGCCAUUGCCAGUGCUGGCGGUCUGUUUUUCACUUCCAUCCUGCUGUUCCUGUGGUACUGUGCAUGCAAAAGCCUCCCUUCUCCUUUCUGGCAGCCCUUGUAUUCCCAUGCCCCCAGCAUGCACAGCUAUGCCUCUCAGCCCUACUCCACGCGUUCUCGCCUCUCUGCCGUAGAAAUUGACAUUCCUGUUGUGACACAUUCAUCUUAAGGAGACAAAGCCUUGGAAGCAAAGUUCUUGUGUUUGUUCAAGCCAUGACAGUUGCAGGCUUGAUUCUCUGUGCUGCCCUGCAGCACGCUGAGCGUAAUUCUUUGUAAGGUCAAGUUUCUCAAGGCACAAAGCUGUGGAGGCCCAAGUUCAGCAAGUUGCUAUUCUGGUCUGUUACUUCCUGACCACCUUUCCUCUUUUUUUAUUUUCUUCUUUUUUUGACUCUGAGCUCACUACAGUCGAAGUUGCUGCUAAUGCUGAAAUAGUACACUAACAAUUGUAUGCAUCCAUCCUUUUGCUUGCUGAUGUCAAAGCAGAUUUGAACUUCUUUGAUAAACUAUUCCUAGAUUCUGAUCUCAUUGUAAGACCCUUGCACCCAUAUAUUGUCCAGCUGCAGGCAAUGGAACUGGGUGUAGGGGAUUCACUGAGUUUCUUAUUCAUCCAGACCCACAUAUUUUAAUAUGUGGUAUCUGAAAGGGGUAUUUGGCAGACUAAUUCAGUUCUGUGCACUGUUCUUUAUUUUUUUGCUGUAAACACAGAUACCUGCUUAGGAACUUCUGUAACAGAAUUAGUGCCAAAUUACCCUUUAUUGUCAAAAUAGCUAUCAGAAGGAAUAAAAUUGAUUUAACUAAGAAUGUUGUUCUGUGCUGUAAUAGCAUUUUGUGAAUUACUGGAGGCUAGAAGUCUUUUGUGAAUUUUAUUUCUAGUAUUUUUUUUACUAAGUUAGCAAAUUCAAUAGAUCUAUUUUGUGAUUUUGUGAAUGAAUUCAAAGGCCUUCUUAAAAAUGGAUUUUCAAGUAGGAUAUAAAGCGUUCAGUUCUGGAGAGAAAUGUCACUCACUGCAAAAAGGGUUAGGAAAAUCAUAAAGAAUUCUGAAGACUAUGAAAGAUUCUUUUGAAACACUGUAUACAUGCUAUAACAACAUCUCUCUGAAAAGGGAGUUAUAACCACGGGGAGAGAUUUUUUAAUCUAGAUGUUUCUUAAAAGUGUAUAUACAAAGAAUAAUGAGCUUGUGUUUUUUUCAGUUGAUCUUUAUGGUUGACGGACUUCUCAUGCUGUAGCUUAUUUCCUUACUAAUUAAGACAACCUUUACAGCCUUGUUCUUUAACACCUUUCAAAUUCAGCUAUUUUAAAAUCCAGUUAUUUUUCCUGCUGCCACCUCAUAAACGCAGAAAGCUUCCUGUUCCUAUUUUCCAUAAAAUGAGAUUUUAAGUGAUUUGUGAUCUUCACCUUGUAGCUCUGCAAGGAUGAGGAGGGACUGUAAAUUCCCAACCUGGGAUGUCUUUAAAUCACUUUUUGCCUUCUAAAAUGCAGACCAGCAAGUGAACCCUCAGGAUCAAAGUUCUUCAAUAUGGGCUUUGACAUUACUUGAAAAUUUGAUGACAGUGAGUUGAAGAGUGCUAUAAUUAAGGCAAGCAUUUGAUUCUCUCAGGUUUUGGUAAAUUGAGAUCUUGUGUUUAAAAUGUCAUUCCAGUAAGGAAAGUUGUUUUGAUUGGUGGCAUUCUGGAGCUUAGUGGAUAUUUGCAUUUCAUUAAUGCCAGAAUAAAUUUGUUUUUCUAAAAAAAAAACCAAAUCAAGGUCUUUAGUUCCUGUUCUGGAAAUUCAUCCAAGGUCCUGAAAACCAUUUCACUUCCUCCUCUAGGUGUUAGAAAUAGAAACAAGUACUGUACUGGGGAAGUCUUGUUCUGUUAAAACCUGUGAAAUAACAGUAUGUAAAGAAGGAUUGUGUUCUAGCUGGUAGAUCUCAGACUUCAGUGGAUUGAGGGAGGAAGUUGAUCUCUGUCAUAAUUCCCAGCAUAGUCAGUAAAGUGACAGGCCUUUAAGACAGUUCUUGAUUAAACAACAGUCUUAAGGAAUUAACACUGUAGACAAUAAAGAAUACACACAGAGAUAUGCCUCAAAGGCCUAAACAUAAGUUUAAUACUCUCUUAGGUUUACAAGGUGUGGGAGUACAAAGGAUCUUUUUUCAUCAGACUUGCAUGGCAUUAAAACACGUGUAAUGACAUGCAAGCCAGAUUUUUUUUUCUUCAAAACUGAACUUUGCUUUACUGUUAGUCUGGUUGUCCAACACUUGCUGGUUUAUCUGCCCGUAUCCUUUAAUGCCUUGUAAGGUCAAAGCAAAGGGGCCACAAGUUUGUGAUUUAACAUAAUUUUGCUUCCGCAUCAUUUCAGUGUCUUUUCUUCUUUGUGCCUUGCUUCAGCUAUGAGUUGACCAGUAAAUGUUCCAGUCAGUGUCUGAUACGCUCUUUGAGCCUGAAUUUGCAGAGCAUUUUGAUCAUUUUUAAGAGCUGACAAGUAUGUCUCUUAGUGACUCAAAAAGGAGUUGAAUUUUCAGCAUCUCCAGAACAAGAAUGACAGCCUGGCAAACUGUUGCUUUCUACAAAAAUAUAAGUUUAGCCAGUGUUGUUUUCUGUGCACUUUAAUAGCAUAUUUCUCUGACAGCUCUUCUGUAUUCUGACUUUGAUUUUUAUGCACAGAACUUUUAAUUAAUAUUUGCUACUGGCUGAACUGAUAACUCGUUGCUUUGAAAAUUGUGUCUUUCCAAAAGUCAGAGAUGAAUGAGUUAUGAAAAGUGGGGCUCCAGAAGAUAAUGGAUUCCAGCGUAGGUUUCAGUUAGCAAAAAGACUGUUGUAUCGUGUUCAAUCACCGAAGCAUGGCUGGUUUUCUUUCAGCAAUGCUGUUCAUAUGUUUCUGCUGGAUUCUAAGUGAAAUUACCUGGAAGUGCUGUGCUGUAUUUCCUUUGUUACAGAAAGAGAUGGCCAACCUGUGACACUUGAGCCGAGUGCCACUCCAACAUUUUUUUGCUAAGGUUGCCAUCGUGCCCAGCACCAGGGCUGGGGAGUGACAGGCCUCUCUGGACUGGGAGAGAUCACAUGUGCCCUGCAGGUAUGUCUGCCAGGGAACAGCCUCUGGGGAGCAGUUAGCACCCCUGCCUCUGACCAGCUGCACCUUCCUGGGCACUGCUGUGUGCAGGACAAGCACUUGGGGUCUGGAACAGAAAGAUUUUAAUUUGUGGCUUGUGCAGUAAAGGUUUGGUGCUCUGGGAUUACAGGAACCUGUAUUUUUUCAAGUAGUUCCUGUCCAACGUCUUUGAAUUGUGUUAGGUGUUGGUUCUUUUUAUGUGAAACAGAAAAUAUGUAUUUUUAAUAAAAGAAUCUCAUACAGAUGCAGUUUAUUUUGAUUAAUUUUGUUGAAAAUAGUAGCUAUUACCAUAUGAAAGACUUUACCUUUUGAUAUUGAUCACCAGAUUAUUUCAGAUGCCUUAACAGGUUUAAAAUGUGUAUACUGCAAUUUAGCUGCCUAAUUUUAUAAGACUCCUGCUUUGAGCAAAACAAUAAUUUUUAAA